CUGCGAGGUACUUUUUCCCUAUUAAAGUCUAUAGGAGAAACAUUUCAGCCAUCAUUAUCUUCAUCAAAGGACUCGUCACAAUCAUCGGUAUUGUCCGACAUUGAGCUGAAUUGCCCCGAAGGAUGGAGUCGUCUCGGGCAGAAAUGCUUCAAGGCAUACAAUGCCGAGAAGAGCUGGUCACAAGCACUGCUAAUGUGCUCCAGGUAUGGUGCACAUUUGGCACGAAUCGAAACACCACGUGAGAACAAAUUCAUCGCCUCAAUGUUAUCACGUCCCGGAAGGAGUACGCAACAUGAGGCUUGGAUCGGACUCGCCGCACAGCAGCAAUCAGGCGAUGUCGCUUUUCUCUGGAGCGAUGGAGUACCUGCAAGCAGAUAUGUGGGAUUCUGGAAAGAAUCCCAGCCAAACUAUAAGGCUGGCAGUUGUGCGAUG